AUGAUAAAGGCAUUAUACAAGAGUAUUGUAAAUUUUCUCUUGUCAUCCUUUUUUGAAAAUAUUGAAGAAAAACAAUUACAAACAUCAUUAAUACGAGGAAAAGUUCAUUUACAAAAUGUAAAAAUAAAAAAGAAUUUUUGUGAUUUUAUAUAUUUACCUUAUACUAUUAAAUAUGGUUAUAUUCGUUCCUUGGACUUACAAAUACCACUGUUGUAUUUGUUUCAAAAAGCUUCGUUAAAAGUUAGCGAUGUUGUUAUAGUUUUGAAGGAAAAGCAUUUCAGUGAAUAUAACAUAGAAGAAGAAAUAAAUGGAAUAAAAGGAGGUAAGAAAAAUAAUUUAAAACUUGAAGAUUAUAAUUAUAAUAGUAAUGAUAUGAAUCAGAAAAUAAAUAAAGGUUUAAAUUAUUUAUUUUAUGAAUUAUAUAAUAAUAUGUCUAUUGAUAUUGAAAAUGUUGAGAUUAUAUUAGAAAGUUCUGAAAAGACUACUAAUGUAAUUGGUUUGUUUGUAAAAAAAAUAAGUAGUGUUAAAACACAUAAUUGCACAAAUAAAAUAAUAAAAGAUUUUUCUUUUGUUGAUGUAAUUUUUUAUAUGAAUGAUGAAAAAGCUAAAUAUGCAAUUAAUAAAAUUAUAAAAAAAGAAGAAAAAAAAAAAAAAAAUAAAAGAAAUAUUAAUGAAGAAGAUAUAUAUAAUAAAAUUAAACAUAUUUGUAAUAAUCUACAUAAAAAAAAAUAUAUAAUUUCAGAAAUACCCUCCAUUGUUUUAAGUACAAGUAUGUAUGUUAGUAAUAGUACUGAUUAUUAUUAUCAUAAUUCUAAAUUCCUUUUUAAAAAAAAUAGCUAUUUUAAUAUUACAUGCACACAUUGUGAUAAAUAUCUUUUUCAAUGUAAAGAAGUGAAAAAAGAUAAAUCCAUAUUUCAAAAUAUAUUCAUAAAGAAAGAAAAAAUUCAACAAAGAAAUAAAGCCCUCUAUUGUGAAAUGAAUUGUAAAUGCAAGAAAAAUAAAAACAUUUUCAAGCCUCACCACUAUAAUGAUUUUACAUAUAAUUCGGAUAAUAUGCCUGAGUACUCUCUUAAUGUAACUAAUGAUAUGAAUAAUAGCUUGCCCCCUGACCUUGACACUACAAAUGUGGGACACCACAAAAUUGAUGAUAAUAAAAAGGAUGAUGAUAAUAAUAAAAAGGAUGAUAAUAAAAAGGAUGAUGAUAAUAAAAAUGAUGAUGAUAAUAAUAAUAAUGAUAAUAAUAAUAAAAAUGAUGAUGAUAAUAAUAAUAAUGAUAAUCAUAAUAAUAACCAUAGUGAUAAAAAUAAUUUAAAUAAUACAUUUAAUAAACAUAACGAAGAAAAAGCUCUACAAGAGAAAGAUGAGAAAAAAAGUGAAGAUUGCAAUGAAUGUAAUUAUAAAAAAAAUAUUAGUGAAGAUCUUGAUAAUUGUUUAUAUUGUAGAAUUAAUAAUAAAAAUCAAUCUUAUAUUGAAAAAUUUCAUAUGUUAGAAGAAAAUAUAAAUUUAAAAGAAAAUGAAUAUAUGACCUUUGAAUUAAAAGUAGAUAAAAUAGAUUUAAUAUUAUCAUUCAAACAAUUUUAUUAUAUAUUAGAUAUUGUAAAUUAUUAUUUUAUAUAUAGUUGUCUUGUUAAUGGUUUAUAUAUAGAAGAGUGGUUAAAUAUCCCAGAAAUUAAUGAUAUAUUAAUUUAUAAAAGAGAAUUAAUAAAAAAAAAGAAAAAAGAAAAAUUUGAUAAAGAUUUUAUAGAUAAAUUUGAAUAUGCCCAUAGUUUUCAAAUUAUUUCAAAUAUAAAAAAACAUGUAGAAGAAUAUUCUUUAGAUAAUAAUAAAAAGAAAAAAAGUAUUAGAGCAACAGGAGAAGAUUUAUCAGCACUUACAAAUAAUAACAAGGAAUAUAACAAGGAAUAUAACAAGGAAUAUAACAAGGAAUAUAAUAAUGAACAUAAUAUUGAACAUAAUAUUGAACAUAAGAAUGAACAUAAAUUUGAACAUAAAUUUGAACAUAAAAUUGAAAAUAACAAUGUUAUAAAAUCACAUUCCAUUUCCUCACAUUUGUCUAAUUUAUCAUGGAAUAAUAGCUUUUUUGUCUAUAAUAAAAAAAUUUCUGUAAAUUGCUCAUUUAAUAUUUUAAUUAAAAAAUUAAAUUUUUGUUUAUGUAGUGGAGAUAAAAUAAAUAAAAUGAUACAAAUAAAUAUGGAUGAUUUUAAUUUUAAUGUGAAAUCAUAUAUUAAUUCCGAUUUUGCAUAUUCUAUACUGUUAAAAGAUAUUAGUGUUUUCUUUAUGCAUAAAGAUAAAAAAUAUCCUUUGUUUGAAUUAUUUAAUGUUAAUGAAAAUAAUAAAAAAGAAGAUAAGAAAAAAGAAAAUAUAAAAGGAAAUAAAAGAAAAAGUAAAAAUUAUAUAUUGAAUACUCACUUAUGUAGUGCUAUGACAACAUCUUUGAAAAGCGUUUCAUCUAUAAAGAAUGUUCCAGGUCAAAUACAUAAUAGUAUUGAUAAUAUGAAAAAUGAAAAAAAAAGUAAUACACAUGUUGAAACUACAAAUGAGUUGGAAAGAAAUAAUAAAUCUAAUGAAUAUUCAAAAGAAAAGAAAAAUUUAAAAAAUAUAAAAAAUGACAAUAAUAGAAACAGUGACAAUAAUAAUAACAAUGAAAAUAAUAAUAAUAAUAAUGAAAAUAUUAAAGAAGAAUAUGCAUUUUCUUUAUUAACAUUUACUAAAUACGAAACGACACAAGCUAAAACAUAUAUAAAAUUUAAUAAAAAUAUUCUUAUAACAUUAAGUGUUAAAGAAAUUUAUAAUAUUUUAAAUAUUAAUUGUGAUUAUAAACCAGUUGAUUUAGAAAAGAAAUUAAAAAGUUAUAAAAGUUUAUUUUAUUAUUAUCUUCUAGGAAAAAAAUAUUGUAAAGAAUUAUAUAUGGCAUCAGACAAAAAUUUUGAAGAUAUUAAUAUACAUUUUAUGCAUAAUAUUUAUUUUAAUAUAAUAAUUAAUAAAAAAUAUAAUUUAUUAUUUAAAAUGAAAAAGGGACUUGUAAAUUCUUUCUUCUUUACAAAAAUGUAUUUACAUUAUGAUUUAAAAAAAUUGACUAUGAUAACAGAUCAUAAUGAUAUAGAAAAAUAUAAUGAAAACAAACUAGUCGAUCAAUAUACUGAGCAUAUGAAAGAAAGUUCUUCAUAUGAUAAUACUCCAAGUUGUAGUAAUACUAGUAGUGUGGGUGUUAAAAUUGAAGACAAAAGAAAAAAAAGAAUUAAAGAAAAAAAAGAUAUAAAUGGAAACACCAAUGAUGAUUUAAUGAUUAAUAAAAAUGAAGAAAAUGAAAAUGAAGAAAUUAAUAGGACAGAUCAUAUUAAAGGUGAUAAUUCUAUACAUUCAAAUGAUAAUUGUAGUAUUGCUACACAUAGUGAUCUUUUUAAAAAUUCAGAAUAUAAUUCUAUGAUUAAUAAUAAUAAUAAUAAUAUUAAUAAUAAUUCAUUUAUAAAUAAUGAUAAUACAAGUAUUGAUAAUAAAGUAUCUAUGCAAUGUAGAAAGUAUUAUCAGGAGUUUUUAAAAAUGAAUAAUUUACAAGAUAUUAAAACAAUUAAAAAAAUCGAAAAAAGGGCAACUCAAAAUAACACAAAUAAUAAUCAUAUAAAUAUGAAUAAUAUGAAUAAUAUGAAUAAUAUGAAUAAUAUAAAUAAUAUGAAUAAUAUGAAUAAUAUUAAUAAUAUUAAUAAUAAUAAUAAUUAUUAUUAUUAUGAUAAUAUUUAUAGUAAUAACAAUAACCAUGUAAAUCUCCACAGUAACAAUCAUCAUAAUAAUAAGAAAACAAACAUUAUUCAAAAUAAUAGCAGAUAUGAAGAAACUAAUGAUAAACAAAGUUUUAAUAGUGAACAUGCAGAUUCUUAUAGUAAUUCAAAUAAAGAAGAAUAUCUAAAUGAAGAAUUAAAUUUAUAUAAAGAUCAUAUGUAUAUACAAAAUUGUAUGACUGAAAAAGAAGAUAAUAUAAUUACAACAAUUUAUCAGAAAAGAACAAAUUUUGAACUUUCUCUUUUUAUUUUAAAAAAUAAGAAUAAUGAAAAAAUACAGAAUAUAUUAUAUCAUAAAAAUAAAGUAAAUAAGAAAUAUAUAUUAAAACCAUUAAAAAUAUAUAUUGAUGAAAUUACAUAUAAUUUUAAAAAUUCGAGUGAUAAGAAAAUAACAUUUUUUCAUACGAAUUAUAAAAACUAUCUAAAUUUUACACUUGAUGAUAAAAUUAUAUUCAAACUUAUAUUUUUUUAUUAUCAUUAUAAAGAUUAUGUUGAUCAUAUUUUUGAAAAAUUUCAAACAAAAGAUGAAUCUAAUUAUUUAAAUUUAAAUACAAUAGAUGUACGUAGUUAUAAGACUUUACAAAUUUUAUUAGAUAAUGCUGUUCAUAAUAAGAGUGAUGAAUGGAUAAAUGAAGAGAAGCAUGCUCAUGAUAAAAAUCAGUAUAAUAAAGGAACAACAUAUUAUGAGCAAAAUAAAAAUGAUAUAAAAGUUCAUGAUGAUAAUAAUGAGGAGGACAGUAAUGAGUACACAGACAAAAAUAAUAAUAAUAAAAACAACGACCACAAUAAUAAUAAUAAUAAUAAUAAUAAUAACAACGACCACAAUAAUGAUAAUAAUAAUAAUAAUGUGGAUGACCUAAUCCAAUGUAAUGAAAAUGUUACAGAAAAAGAGACAGUAAAGCAUGUACCCAAUUUAAAUAAUGCAACAAAUGAAGAUUCAAAUGAUAAUCAUAAUAAAACUAUUGAACAUAAUAAUAACUAUUCUGAAGAACACAAAAAAAAUGAUUCAAUAAAAACAUCAUUUGAUGUUACUAAUCAUGAAGAAGAAAGAGUAGAAAAUGUAAAUAAAAAUAAAUACACAGAAGAAGACAAAAAUGAAAUAAAAGGAAAGAAUAAAAAAAAUUUUGAAAUGUGUAGAAAAGAUACAUUAGAUUAUGUAAAAGAAGAUAUAAAUAAAUAUAAGAUGUAUAUGAAUGAAAAUAAUAAUAAAAAAGAAGAAGAACAUUCACGUAAUAAUAAUAAUCAUCAUCAUACUAAUCAUCAUAAUAAUAAUAAUAAUAAUACGUUGAAAGAUCAUCAUUCAAAUUAUAACAAUGUAAAAUAUUUCCAUGAAGAAAAAAAUGAAAUAAUUUCUUUUAUCAAUAAAACCAAAAUACAUUUUAAUAAUUAUAAAAAAAGUAAAAGAAUGAUAUCAAUUCAUUUAUCAGAUGUACUAAUUUAUUUAUUUAAUGAUAAUAAUAUUACAAACUUUCUAUUCAAUUUAAAAAAAAUUAAUAUAUUAAAUUGUUUAUCACAUGAAGAUAGUUAUAAUAGUUUCUUUUCAUAUAUAGAACAUAAAACUUUUUCUACACAUAGAAUAAAUAGAAAAAAUUCCAAAUUAAAUGAUAAAAGAAAAAGUUCAAAUAUAAACGGAAUCUAUUUUUAUAAUAGUGUUUUUAAAUUAAUUCAAAAUGGUACCUUUCUUUUAAAUUAUUCAUCAAAAAAUAAUAUUUCAUAUCUAUCUAAUCUACAUGUAAACCAAAAUAAUAAUCAUUAUAUAGAAAAUAAUAAUUCAAAAGAAAAAAAUUAUUUUCUAAAUAAUAAUAAAAUGGAAAUUGAAGAAACAACCGAAUUUAGAUAUUUUAAUACAAAUAAUUUUGAACAAUUAAAUAAUACAUCAGGAAAUAAAUCAAAUAAUGGAUCUAAUAUGAAAAUUAAUAAUAAUCUUGAUUUUGUACAUAAAAAUUAUUAUAAUAAUUUGAAUAAUGACUAUUUUAAUUUUAAUUUUAAUUUACCUCAGGAUUCAAACAAACGAAAGGAUCUCACAAAUAAUCCAACUAAUGUCAGUAAUAAUAGUGCAAAAAUCAAAGGUAGUUAUAAAAGUGAAAAAAGUAAAGGAAUCCAUAUGAAUGAAAAUAUUAGAGGUAGUCAUAGAAGUCAUAGUUCUGAUCAAAGUUAUAGACGUCCUGUUAGUCAUAGUAAUAUACGAUGUAGUAGCAGCCCCAGUGAAAGGAAACACAUCUAUAAAAGACAUGAAAAUAAUAUGAAUAAAGAAAAAAUUAUAACAUUGUUAAAUGAUUCUACAAAUAAUGAGAAAGAAAAUGAUCAUGUUAAGGAAACGAGUAAACAAAUUCAAAGAACCAAAAGUAAUGAACACGUUGAAGAUAUAAUAAAUAGUAAUACAAAAAGAAAAAAAGAAACAGAUAAUAUAGAACAUAUUUUAGAUGAAAAAAAUAAUCAAACCAAUAAAGAAAAUGAUAAUAUUGUAGAGAAAGUACAAAAAAAAAGUAUUGUUGCUGGAAAUUAUAUACGUUAUAAAAGUUGUAUAGAACAAAUUGAUGAUAUUGAUUAUAAUAAAGAACCUUUACAAAAUGAAAAAAACAUAGACACAAAAAUAAAUAAUAUAUAUAAUAAUAAUAAUAAUGAUGGUGAUAAUAUAAAUAUGAAUACUACUUGUAUUCCUAUGAAUGAAAAAAACUCCGUUUUUCAAAGAAAUAAAAAAGUUUCUCAUUAUUACAAUGCAAAGGAAUGUAAUGAUUCAAAUAAAAAGAGAAGAAACAAUCAUAUAUUAACUGGAGAUAUAAAUAAUAUAAAAGGUUAUAAUAAAUAUAAUAUGAAUUCAUCACAUGUUUAUAAUAUGAAUAAUUCAUUAUGCUCAUCAGCUUAUUAUAAUACAAAAUAUGGAAAAUGUGUAGACAUAGAAAAAUAUAGAGAUGAUGACGAAUUUUAUGAAGCUGAAGAUGAUGAGGAUCAAGAAAAUGAAAAAGAUUAUGAAGAACAAGAAUAUAUUGAUUUAAAAAAAAAAGAAAAUGAAAAUAUUAGUAGUAUUGAAUUUCAUAUGAUUAAUAGUGAGUUUAUUGUAGAUUAUUUAUAUUUUAUACAUUUAUUUAAAUGGAUUAAUAAAUUAUAUAGAAAAUAUGAAAAAAUUAAACAAUUAUCAGAUUUUGCAUAUUCAAAUAAUAAUAGUACAGAUGAUGAAGAAAGUAAUAUAAAUAUAUCAAAAUGUAAUUAUAUUCUUUUCUUACAAAAUAAUAAAAUAUAUGUACCUAUAUAUAAUUAUUCAAUAUCACAAUAUAAGUAUUAUAAUAGUUUAAAGGGAACUUCUUAUGUAUCUUUAUUGCCUGUAUUAGAGUUACAUUUUUCAUGUUCUUAUAAAUCUCGAAAUGAAAAUGAUGAAAAUGUAAAGUCGAUCAACGUGCGAAAUGUGGGAAGCACUCUUGUCAUUCCAAGUAUAAACAUUUAUAAACAUAAAAAAAACAAGAAAAGCAAUAUAUGUGUGAUAACGUUUAAUCGAAAGGAUAAGAAUAAUGAAAGCAUCAUUAACGAUUUCAGAUUUCAAAUAAAUAUGAGAAGAAAUUAUAAUUACGAAAUUAUAGAAAAUGAAGAUGAUAAUAGUAGUAGUUCUAAUAAUAUGGAGAUGUCAAAUUAUGGACCUAAAUAUACAUCAAUGAAUACAUAUUUUACGAUUGUAUCUAAAGAGAAGAUGUAUUCUGAAAAUAAUAUGAAUAAUAAUAUGAAUAAUAAUAUGAAUAAUAAUAAUAAUAAUAUAAUUAUGUAUGAUAAUAAUAUGUGUAAUUAUCAUGGAUGGUAUAAUAAAAAUGGAUCAUAUCCAAAGAAGAUUAUUAGUUUUCAUUGUGAUCCUAUAAUUUUAAAUUUUUCAAAAGAUAUAUUAAAAAAUUUACUUAUAUUUUACAAUACAUUUUGUUAUUUUAUAAAUAAUUGUAGUAAAAAAGAUGAUAUAGUUAAUGAUAAUAAUAUAAUUAGAGAUAUGUUAUAUUAUUUAUACAAUCAAACAAGUGAUAUAUUAUUUGAAUAUUUUCUUGAUGAUAUACGUUUAAAUUGUUAUGAUGGAAAUAUUAAUAGAAAUAUGCCUUUGAUAGUAAUUAGUUUGUUUAAUUUAAAAUUUUUCUUACAGAAAGAUAUAAUAAGUAUAUAUAAUUUUUUAAACUUUUAUUUAAAUAUAGAUAUAUAUGAUAGUUAUAAAAUAUUAUAUGAUACUUUAUUAGAAAAGAUGGAAAUAUAUUUAACCUUUGAAAAUAAUAAAAAUAAAUUGAAUAUAUUAAAUUUAACAUUAGAAACAUCUUAUAUUAAUAUUUUAUAUACAAAUAAAAAUAAAAAUAUAUUAAUAAAUUUUCUUGAACCAAUAUUAAAUAAAAAUUUUUAUUAUUUCAGUUCUUCUUAUUAUAAUAAUUUAGAUAUAACAAAAUGUAAAAGAAGAAAAAGAAGUUUUCAUCAUCAUCAUAAUUAUCAUCAUGAAUGUUAUGAAAAUAAUAUAUUAAUAAAAAACACAAAAGGUAAUAAAUCUUCAGCUGCACAUAUAACAUCUAAACUUUUUAAUUAUACAGGUUUACCAAUAAAUGUAAGAUUUAAACAAUCAUUAAGAAAUAAAAUACAAAAUAGUAGUUUAAAUAAUAAAAAUAAAAAUAAAUAUAUCUUCUAUGAAUUACAAAAUAAUGAACAUGGAGCUUUAUUAAAUGAUGAAAAUGGAGAAGUAUGUGAAGUAGUAGUUAUUAUAAAAAUAUUUAAUUAUAUAUUUGAAAUAAUAGAUAUAGAAAGAAAUAAAAAUACAUGUGAUAUAAGAUUUUUACCUAUAAUAUAUGAAUUAAAAAAAAAUAAUGAAAAAAAAAAAAUUACUAUUAAAAAACAUGAUAUUAAUUAUGAUAUAUAUAAUGAAUAUUCAUUAAAAAAUAAAAUAUUUAAAACAUUUAUUAAAUUAUAUAUACAAACGAAUAUUGAUGAAAAAGGAAUAGUCUCAAUAUAUUUCUCCUCAAAUUUAUUUAUUAAUAAUUCAACAAAUAGUGAUUUUAUAUUAUUAUUUCAUCCAGUACUUUAUUAUUUUAUGUUAUUUAAUGAGCAAUAUAGCACCUCUACACCCACAACCACAACAAACAAUAAUAAUAAUAAUAAUAAUAAUAAUAUUGAGGAUAAAGACAAAGAAAAAGAUGGUAAUAGCUGCCAUAAUAUGAAUAAUCUAGAAAGCGAUUCACAAUUAAAUAUAAAUGUUUUGAAAAAUGACAAUUAUAAUUAUAAUUAUAAUUAUCAUAAUAAUUUUAAUAAUAGUAAAAGUGCAAAUAUAACAAUUAUUAAUUCCAAUGAAAGAUAUUUCUUACCUCUUAUUUCUUUUAUUCCCAUUAUUAUUUUAUAUGAUUAUUUAAAGAAAAAAAAUCAAAUCGAAGAAAAUAAUUACACUGAAAAUUGUCAAAUGAACCCAAAGAAUUCUCAUUUAACACCUGUCUCAAUGGUGGGUGAUUUAAAAGGAAGUUUCAGUGCUGAUAUCAAAAAAAAUAAUUUCAUAAAACGAUUUAAUUCUUUGAAUUAUAAUAUUAAUGUUCACAGUAAGGAAGAUGAAGAAAUGUCCAAACAGAAUGAAGGUAACAAUAACAUGGAGAAUAACCACAACAUGGAGAAUAUCAUCAAUAAUGAUAACAAUAAUGAAGAUAAAUUAUUAAGUUAUAAAAAAAGAAUGACUUAUGAUUAUUCUUCACUUAAUGCUUUAAAAAAUCUAACAUACAAUAACUUAAAUGGUGAUAGUUGUUAUUUAAAUUCUAGAAGUAGUGAAAUAAACAUUUGUAAUAUAAUAUCAAAUAAAGGAGAAAAAAGAAAUUUAAUAAAAAAUGAAAAAAUAAUCGAAUCUAUUAAUUUAAAUACAUUAAGAGAAAUUAAUAAAAUAAGAACUAAUAGAAUAUUAAAAAGAUUAGAAAAAUAUAUAAAUGAGAAAAGUAAUAGUAAGAAUAUGAAAAAUAUUAAUUAUAUUUAUAUUAUUAAAAAAGAAUUUUAUGAUUUCUAUAUUCAUAAAAAUGAAAAUAAUAAUAAAUGUUAUUUUGAAAUGUUUAAUUUUUUAAUAAAAAAUGGAGCUAAAAAAGUUUUAAAUAAUUCAAGUAUAAAAGAAAUUAUAUGUAGGCAUUCCUUUGACUUUUUAAAAUAUAAUUUAUAUGCACAAACAUUAAAAUUAAAAACUUUAAAAAUUAUAUGUUAUGAUAAAUAUAGUAGAUAUAUAAAGGAGAAGAGAAAGGAAAUAGAAGAAGCUAAAAUGGAUUAUAAUAAUAUGAAGAGAAAGGAGUUGAAUGAUAUAUAUAAGAAAAAUUAUAAAGAAGGAAAAAAUGAUAUAAAAGAAGAGCAAGAAAAGCAUGAUAAUAGUAGUAGUAUUGUAGUAUUAAAUAAAUAUCAUGAUUAUUAUGAUAAAGGAGAUAAUUAUGGGGUUGAAAAUAACAACAGAAAUGAUCAUUACACAAGUGACAAUAAUGAUAAUAAUAAUAAUAAUAAUAAUAAAUGUAAUAUAUAUAAUAAUAAUAAUAAUAUUUAUGGUCAUAACCAAUGUAACAAUAAAAAGGAUGGUUAUUAUUAUAGCAUACCUACUAAUGUUGAUGUUUCACUUAAAUAUAUGAAUCGAAAUGAAAGACACAUGAACAGCCUUUUAUAUAAUCACAGUAAAAGAAAGUCUACAUUAAGCAACAUAUUAAUAAGACAUGAUAUGAUUAAAAAUAGUGUAUCUAAACAUAUACUUAAUAAUGAUUAUAGAUGUGAAUAUGAUCAAAAGGAAGGAGUAGAAGAUAAGUAUGAAAAGAAUACAUGUGUGGUUGAUAUGAGAGGUAAAAAACAAAAUGGUAAUUAUAAUAAUGGUAAUUAUAAUAAUGAUAUUUAUAAUAAUAAUAUUUAUAAUAAUAAUAUUUAUAAUAAUAAUAUUUAUAAUAAUAAUAUUCAUAAUAAUAUUUAUAAUAAUAAUAUUCAUAAUAAUAAUAUUCAUAAUAAUAAUAUUCAUAAUAAUAAUAUUCAUAAUAAUAUUUAUAAUAAUAAUAUUUAUAAUAAUGAUGAUGAUAAUAUUAUUAAAAAGAAAAGAAGGAAAUUAAUUUUUACUGCAAAGAAACAAAGCAGUUAUAGUAAUACAAUUAUAUGUGAACAAAAAAAUAUAGAUGUAAAUAAAAUAUAUUCAUUUGGAAUAUAUAUUGAUUAUAUUUUUGAAAUACAUAAUUUUAUGCAUGAAGAAAUGAAAAUUGGUUAUUGUCAAAAAUAUUAUAUAAACAGUAUUCCUAAAAAAAUAAAAAGAAUUAAACGAGAAGAAAUAUCAGCUAAAUCAAUAAAAUAUUUAGACACGAUACCAAAAUAUAUAAAAUUAUUUUAUAUAUUAAAUAAUAAUAAUUAUGUAUUUAAUUUUUUUUCUAAAAAGAUUCAGUUAUAUAAAUAUGCAAAUAGUCCUGAUAAAAUACAUCAAAUAAAAAUGUAUAUAGAAUAUAUUAAUGAUGAAAAUAAGAAUAUUAUAUAUAAGAAAAGAAAAUAUAAAUUAAAUUCUUUAUUUAAAAGGAAAUCAAAAAAUAAAAAGAAAUAUAAAUAUUUAGAAUCAAAAGAUUAUGAUAAAUUAUGUAAAGAAGUACCCAAAUUUUUUUAUCUUAAUAUAACAUUUAGAAAAAAAACUGAUCAUUCAAAUAAUACAUAUUAUAAUGAAAAUAAUUUUAAACAUGUAAUAGAUAGUAAUGUAUUACAACUAUUAAUAUAUCCUUCCUUUUUUUUUCAAAAUAAUUUAGAUAAAGAUUUAAUAAUUAAAUCAAAUGGAAAUUCACAGAAAAUAAAAAAAAAAUCAAUCAUGUUUUUUGGUGAUGUUGAUAAUAGUAAAGUUAUAUUACAAAUUGUUUAUAAUAAUCAAAUAUUUUUAUCAAAAAAAAUUAAAAUAAAUCAAGUAUGUAUAAAUAAAAAAAUCAUUUUAACUAGUAAAAAUAAAAAAGAAAAUAUUUUCUUAUCUAUGAAUAUUACAUUAAAUGGUAAUAUUUAUAAUACAAAGACAAUUACAAUCAAUAAUAGAUAUACAAUUAUUAAUAAUACAAAUCGAACUUUAUAUGUUCAAGAAGUUAAUAAAGAUUUCAAAAUUAUUAAAAAAAAAGAAAAAAAAAAUAUGACAUAUAAUUAUUCAUUUUCAUUGCAGAACUUUAAUAACAAAAAUAUACAUUCGAAUGAUCAGCAAAUGAAAAAAUUACAAAUAACAAGUAGGAAUGAUGUGCCAUAUAUAAAAAAAUAUAAUACCAAUGAAAAUCAAGAAAAUCAAGAAAAUCAAGAAAAUCGAGAAAAUCAAGAAAAUGGAUCAAAUGGAUCAAAUGGAUCAAAUGGAUCAAAUGGAUCAAAUGGAUCAAAUGGAUCAAAUGGAUCAAAUGGAUCAAAUGGACCUAUAGAACAAGUUGAAGAACCAGUUAUAUCAAAUAAACAUUUAAAUAAAAUUACUCUUAUGAAACAAAUAAAUUGUAAAAAUCAAGAUAAGGAUAAUAUGAGAAGAAAACUGUAUGAGACUAAUAAAACUUCCAUAAAAUAUAAGAAAGAUAAAAAACUAUAUAACGAAAGGAUUUAUAAUUACAAGAAAUAUAACAACAAUACUACGAACAGACCUAAUAUUAUUGCAAUUAAACCAUAUGAAUCAUUUUAUUAUCAUCCUAUUAAUACAAAUAAAUGUUAUCUAACUUUUUCUUAUACAAAUAUUAUCGAAUGUAAAAAUGAUAAAAAUUUUUAUAGAAGAAGAGGUAGCUAUGAAUUUACCCAUGCACAAAAUGAAAUAACAAAUUUAUUUAAUCAUUAUUUAAAAAAAAAAAUUAUGAAAUCUCAAAAUCUAUCUAUAAUAAAUGAUGAACAAGAAACUGGUAAUAAUAAAUGUAUACAUAAAAAUGAAGAAUUUUUUAAUUUAUUUUAUACUAGUCCUAUAGAAAUUGAAAAAGUUGGAAAUUAUAAAAUAUUUCAUAAGACAGUGCAUAAAAUUGAUGUUACUUACAAUGAAAAAGAAACAACUGAAGAACAAGCUACAUUUGAAGAUGAUAUUAUUGAAAAGGAAAUAAAAGAACAAGAAAAAGAAAUUGAAGAAGAAAUAAAAAGAGAAAUAGAAGAACUGGAAGAACAUCGUGAAAAGGAAACUAUUAUUGUAUUUUCAAAUUUGAAAGAUUCAUAUGAAAAAGAAAUGCAAAAAAAAAAAAAAUAUCAACAUAAGAGAAAUAAUCUUAUUAAUAUGAAGGGAGAUAAUAUAAUAAAUAAUAAUAAUAAUAAUAAUAAUAGUAAUAGUAAUAAUAAUAUUGAUGAUCUUUAUAAAGAUGAACACUCCAUUGGAAUGACAAAUAUACAACAAGAGUAUAUAGAUAAUUUCCCUCUUGAAAAUGACAAAAAAAGUUCACAUAAUGAAACAAUACUUAUAGAUGAUAUAACAUUAUUUAAUAAAAAUAAUAAAGACAAUAUUGAUGAAAAAGAAAAUAAAGAAAGUAUAUUAUUUAAUGAUACAGUUUUAACAGUUGAUAAUAAUAAUAAUGAUGAUUGUAUAAAUAUAAAAAAAAAUUAUUAUAUAAAUGAGAAUGAUACUCAUAAUAAUUAUCAACACAAUGAUAUGAAUCUAAGACAUGAUUCAUUCUGUGAAAACUAUAUAAUAGAUUUUAAAGAUGAUGAUUCUUGUCUUCAUUUUAAAAAAAAUAAAAAUGUUAUGAAUACAACAAAUGAUAUAAAUAAUAAUACAGUGAUUAUUCCAAUAAAAAGUAUAAAACAGCUAGAUGGAGAAGACCAAAAAAAAGUACAUUGUGAUAUAAAAAAAAAAAAUAACAACAUCAACAAUAAUGAUGAUAAUAAUAAUAAUGAUGAUGAUAAUAAUAAUAAUGAUGAUGAUAAUAAUAAUAAUGAUGAUGACAAUAAUGAUGAUAUUAUUACAUAUGAAUUAAAUCAAACGAAUGGUAACAAAGAAUGUGUAAGCACAAAAAAACAUUUGUUUGCUUAUAAAGAAGAAAGUGUUAUAACCGAAAUUAAUAUAGCUUUAAAUAGUAAUACAAAUAUCGAAAUAAAUAUAUCCAUAGAAAAUAAUCCAGAUACUAUUAUAUAUAAUAAAACAAACUAUUAUUUAAUAUUUUAUCAAAGAAAAACAAAUAAAAAAAUAGUAAAUUUAUUGAAACCAUUUGAUAAAGAAAUAUUUGGAUGGACUGAUGUUUGUAAACCUAAAGUCAUAAAAUGUUUUUUAAUUAUUCAAAAAAAUGAUGUCUAUGUAUUCUCUUGUAAUUUAAACAUAGUAAAAGAACAUAAUAAUAUUAUAUUAAAUAAUAAUAAAAGAAUUAUAGUAUUAACAAAAAUUGAAAAUGGUAAAAGAGUUUUCUGCUUAGAAGAAAUGAAUAAUGAACUAUUAGAUUCUAAUGAAAAAUAUGAACAGAAAAAAUCAAUAGCUCCUUUUUUUUCGGCAAGUAAAGGUUUUAAUAGAUUUAGAGAAAAAAAAAAAAAAAAAAUUAAAAAGAAAUUACAUAAAAUAAGUCUAUAUAAUAGUUUAAUAAAAUCAUCACAAAUGAAAAAAGAUAAAAAUAAAAGCAAAAGUAAGGGAAAAAGUAAAAGCAAAAAUAAAAUUAAUGAUAUGUUACUAAAAAACAAACAAUCAAAUAAUAAUAGCUAUUUAGUAAAAUAUCAAAAUGAAAAAUUUAAUAAGAAACUACCAUUACUUAGUAAAAAACGUUUUAAUAUUACAUAUUUAAAAAAAAAAAGAAAACAAAUAAAAAAAAAAAAAAAUAAUAAAUAUUUCCAUUUAGGUUCAUUUUUUCUAUUAAAAAGUAUGGAUUCAUCAAUCCAUAAGGAUGUUGAAAAAAAAAAAAAAAAAAAAAAAAACCAACAAUCAGAAAAAUCAUUCAAGGUAGAAAAAAAAAUAUUACAUGAUGAUUCUUAUUACAAUGAAAAUAAAGAUAAUAUAAAUUUAAUAAAAUAUAAUAAUAAUAAUAAUAUUAAUGAAGACCAAAAUUUCAAAAAUAAAAAUGUAACAGCUAAAAAUAAUAAUAACAAUAGUAAUAAUAAUAGUAAUAAUAAUAGUAAUUGUAGUAGUUUUAAUAAAAAAAAUAUUAAAUUAAAUAAUGUAUCCAUUAAAAAAGAUGAUAAAAAAAAAUCUACAUCAAAAUAUAAAAACUUAAAUUCCAAAAAACAUAUUAAUAGAUUUUUUAAUGACAAUUACACAUUUAGAAAAAAAACUAAAAGAAAAAAUAAUAAAAAAUAUUUAUAUGUAAAUAAAAAGAAUGAAGACACAGAAACAAGUGAUUAUUAUAUAGAACAAGAUGGAAACCACAAACAUAUGGAAGACAAAUAUCAUAACAAUAUUUCUUUUAAUAAUGAGAAAAGAAAAAGUAGUAUAGACAUGAAAAAGACAGAAGGUUAUAAUGAUCUUUUUAGUGUUAAGUAUAAAAAAAGUAUAAAUGAAAAUUAUAAAAGUGAUGAAUAUAAAGAAAAUAGUUUUGAAGACUCAAGCACUUAUAACGAUUCAUUUCUAAGUAGUUCAUCUUCUUCUUCUUCUUCUAAUGAUGAUGAUGAUAAUAAUAAUAAUAAGAAGAACCCAAUGUUUCUUAAUAGAUAUUAUGAUAAUAAAGAUGAUAAGAAAAAAUAUAGAGAAUAUAAUUUAAUAUAUAAUAAAGAAAUGAAAGCUAAAAAUAAUGUAAAAAAACCAAAGAAAAAAAUGAAAAGAAAACUUAGUGAUUUUAUAUUUACAAAGAUUAAAAAAAAUCAAAAGAAAUUUAAAGGACUUAGUAGAAUCUAUCCAAUGUUUUUAAAAAGUAAUAGAAGUGAUGAAUUUAAUGUUCUUAUAAGAAAUUAUUUAUCAGACAAAGAAGAUAAUACAUCUAGUAUAAGAAACGAAUAUAAUAUUGUAAAUGAUAAUGAAACUAUUAAUGAUAAUUUAAAAACAAAUCCUUAUAAUAUUUGUCAUAAUAAUGAUCAUACAUUUAAUAAAAAAAAUAUAUUUGAAGAAAAAAAAAUACCUAUAAAAUUUAUAACAAAUUUAAAUUUAAUGUUACGAGGAAUUAAAAUUAGUUUAUUUGAACAUACAUGUGAUUAUGUUAUAUCUUUUGAAAUAAAUGAAUUAUUAGUUAGAAAGGAAUAUAUGGAAUAUAUAGAUUAUUAUAAUGUAGAUAUAAAAAUAAAUAAUAUUUUAUGUUAUGCUGUUUAUAAAUAUUUAAGUGCAUGUGCUGUGUUAUAUACAAAUAAUGAUACAAACAUAAAAAAUAAUCACUUACGAAUUUUAAUGAAUGAGUUGAAAAUAAAAAGGAAUCUAUUUUUACAAAAAAAAAGAAAAAAAGAAAAUAAAAAGGAAUAUUAUUAUGAUGGUAGUGGAAGUGUUCAUGUUAAUAAUGAUGAAUAUAAUUACGAUGCUAAAGAAGACAUAUAUUCUUCAGGUUCAUCUGCAACAAGUUAUGCAAAUAAAAAGAGGUCUUAUAAACAUAAAAAUAGUUAUAAGAGAAAGAACAAAAAACAAGAAAGAAAAAUGUAUGAAAAUAAAAAAGGCAAAAAAAAAAAACAGAAAGUAGAGAAAAACAAAAAAAAAAAUAUUUUUGUAAAUAAUGAAUUUCUUAUAUGUAAUUUUCAAUAUGUAAGAAAAUGUGAGACAUUAUUUUUUAAAUAUUUCUUAUUAAGUUUAAAACCUAUUGUUAUUAAUGCAGAUAUUAAUUCAAUAACUAUAUUGUUUUAUUUUUAUAAAACAUUUCAUAAUUUUAAUACAAAAAAAAAUGAACACGAUCAAGGAGUAGAAAAUGGAUUCAACACAUGUAAUUAUGAAAAGGAAAAAAUGAGAGAAAUAAGUAUGAUAAGAGAAGAAGAAGAAGAAGAAAAAAUAAAACACCAACAAGAAAAUGUAGAAGAAAAUGAAGAAAAACAUGAAGGACGACAAAAAUUAUAUACACAACACCAACGAGGUUUAAUACAACACAAAAAUAAAGAAGAGAUGGAUGGACCAUUAAAAGAUAAUUAUUAUUCAUCUAUAAAUAUUAUAAACAAUACUGAUAAUAUUAAAAGAUGUGAUAUAGAAAAGAAUGAGAGUUUCUUAUUAAAUGUAGAUGAGAAAAGAAAAAAAAUACAAAAUGAACGUGAUAAUAAUAUUAUUGAUCAUAAUAUUAUUGAUAAUAAUAUUAUUGAUAAUAAUAUUUUGAGUGGAAUGAAUAAUAUGGAAUCUUUUAUUAUAGAUGAAGAAAAGAGAAAAAAAGAUUUAUAUUUAAAUAUAGAUAAUAAUAUAUAUAAUGUAGAAGGAGAAUAUUAUAAUAUAAAAAAAAAGAGUACUAUAAAUUAUUAUAAUAAUAUAAUUGAGAAUGAAAGAUCUGUUCAAAUAAAAAAAAAAAAAACAACUGUUAUUGAGAAAAAUGAUAUUAAUAAUAAAUAUGUAUAUUUACAAUAUAUAAGUAUAGAUAAAAUAAAUAUUUUAUUAAAUUUCCAAUCAGAAUAUAAAAAAGAAUUAACAAAUCAUGUUAAUGAUUUAUUUUAUAAAGAACAUAUAAGUGCAUAUAAUAAAUUAGGAGAUAUAUCUAAUUGUAAUAUAUAUUUAAAAAGCUUAUCAAAUAUACAUAUAUUUACAAAUUAUAGUUUAUUAUUAAAUUUUCUACAAAAUUUCUAUUAUAAUCAAACUAUAGUUAAUAUAUCAAACUUAUUAAUUUCUUUUAAUAUUAUUGGAAGUCCAACAUCUUUAAUAGCACAUGUCAAAAAUGCUUUCAAUGAAUUUUUUUAUAUAAUUAAUGAAGACACACUAUCUAAAAAGAAUAGAUAUGAUGAUGAAAAAGAAACUCAUGAAUAUUCAAAAAAAUAUAGCAACAAAAAUAAUAAUAAUAAUAUUAAUUUUAAUAGUAUAUAUGGUAGUCAUCAUAAUAAUUAUUUAUAUUGUAAUGAUUAUUAUAAUAACAAUUACAUGUAUCAUAAUACUACCCUUAAUUAUCAUUAUUAUCAACACGGUUAUGAUAAAGCCAAAUUCAAUCGUAUAUAUAAUAAUAAUAAUAAUAAUAAUAAUAAUAAUCAAUUAAGAAAACAUAUUAAAGAAAGAAAAAAUAAAAUACAACAAAUUAACUAUACAAACAAAAAACAAGAGAAAAAUAAUUUCUUAAAUUUAAUAGAUCCAUCUAGAGAAAGCUCAUUUAUAGAUGAAAAGGAAGAUUUUUUAAGUAAUGAUGAUAAAUAUAUUAUGCAUCUAUUAAAUGAUUAUAAUUCUUCUUAUCAAAAUAAUUUAUUAAGUGAUGAAGAAUCAGUUGUCAAAAAGAAUUUUAGCUGGAACUUUUUUAAAAAACAACACACAAAUAAUAAUAAUUCAGAUUAUGAUAAUUAUUUUAAUGAUUCUUAUAAUAAUAUUAAACAUGAUAGUUCAGGAAAUCUAAAUUAUAUGUACACAAAAAGUAUUAAAAAUAAAGACUUACAUAAACUAGUAAUUGAUGAUAAUAACUCCUCUAUCAAUUCCUUCCUUUUUAAUAAUAAAAAAAAUGUUAUCAUAUUAGAUGAAGUUUCUAAAAAAAAGAAAAAGAAAUUACAAUACAUGAAAAAAUUGGGAGAAUCACAAAAGGGAGAUAUAUAUAUGGAUGACGACACGUAUAUAGAUGUUGAUGUAGAUGUAGAUGUAGAUGUAGAUGCAGAUAUAGAUACACAUAUAGAUGCACAUAUAGAUCCUGGUAUACAUGCAGAUGUUGAUAUAAAUUCUUGUGGCGAAGAAAAAAAUGAUACAAAGGAUAUAUGCAAAUAUCCAGCACAUUUAAAAAAACCAUAUGAUGAAGAUAAAAAAAGAAAAAAGAAAAAGACAACAAGUGGUUAUAAUACUAAAUACAAAAAUGAUGCAAAAAUAACAGAUAUGAAUCCAAAGAAAAAAAACAAGAAAAAAUAUAAAAUAGUAAAAAAUAAUAAAAAAAAAAAUAAAAAAAUAAAAAAAAUAAAAAAUAAAAGAAAUAAUAAAAGAGGAGGUGGUUGUAAUAAAAUAUUUAGAUUUUUUAAAAAAAUAGGAUUAAAUAUUAUUUAUAUUUUUUCAAAAGCAAAGAGAAUAUGUAUUGGUGUAUAUGUAUUAUUUAUACAAUUAAUAUUAUCCUUAUUAUUUUCUAUUACUUUAAUAUUACAAUCUUUAAUAAAUCUAGUAGAAAAAGUAAAUAUAAAUAAUGCAGAUAAUGUGUUUUUAAUAUUUAAUAAAAAAUAUGAAAGAAAAAAAGUAGUGGUAUUUAAUAAUAUAGAGGAAUAUAAUAAAUUUAAUAUUACUAAAUUAUUUUAUUAUUAUAUAAGUAUAUAUAUGAAUAUAGUCAAUUUCUUAUAUUAUAAUAUGUUAUAUAAAAUGAAGAAGAAAAAAAAAGAUUUAUCAGGAGAAGAUAAAAUUUUUAUGAAGAAAUUAAAAAUCAAUUUAAAAAAUAAAAGGAAAUUUUCUUUUUUUAUUAAUUUCUUUUUAAAUAUAUUUAAUAUUAUUAAUAUAUUAUUAUUUGGACAUAUAGUUUUCUUACUCUUAUGUUUAUUAACAAUGAAUAAUAUUCUACAAAAAAUACUUACAGCAUGUAUUAAAUUAGUUUAUUAUCAAAGAAAUAAAAAUUAUCUAGAUUUUCUUAAUAAAAAUAAUUUUAAUCAUAUGAAUAUUAUAAGCUAUAUUAAAAUUAAUCAAAUUAUAAGUAAAUAUGUACUAUUAAAAGAACCAUUCAAAUAUUUCUUAUCUCAUCAAGAUUUCUUAGAUAUUAAAGCACCUAAAAAAAGAAAUUAUUUUGUAUACACAAAAGAACUUUUCUUUUAUAUACAAGAAAAUAAAAUUGUAUUCUUAUUUAGAAAAAACGAUAUGAAAAAAAUUGACAUUAUUAUACAUACUAUAAAUAAUAGUUUUGCAAUCAAUAGUUACUAUAAGAAAAAGGGUAGUAAGACAGCCAAAAAAAGUAGAUCAAAAAAUACACCAUCAAAUUAUACUCUUAAUAUAGAACAUGUGACGGGGGAAGAAAAUAAUAGCUUUGCUUCAUCCUUAUAUAAUAAAACGAAUGUAUCCAAUGAUAUAUCGGAGGAUAAAAAUGUCAUAUGUUUUUUAAAUCAAGAAUUAGCUUUGACAAAAAGAAACGAAGUUAUACAUAUAAAUAAUAAAAAUCAUGAUUAUAUCAUAUCUAUAAAAAUAACAAUCAAAAAUAAUAUGAAUGUUAUGGAGAAUAUUUAUUAUAACCCCAAAAAAUUUUUUAAGUGCUUGUCAAAAAUACAAAAAAGCUUCAAUAAUAUUUAUUUACCUUUGUCCAAAAUUAAUAAUAAUGAAACGAAAAAUAAUAAAGAAAAACAUUUAAAUAACAAAGGUGUAGAUUUAUAUAAAGCAGAUAUAAAUGUAAAAAAAAGAAAAACGUUUUUUUCAGCAAUUAUUUGUUUCUUUAAAAGCAUUUUCAUAUUUUUGUUCUUUUGUCUUUGCCCAUGGAAACUAUUAAGGUUAAAAAAGAAAAAAUUAAAUGAAAAUAAAAAAAAACAGAUGGACGAAAAAGAUAAAGAAAAUGCAAUCCAUAAAAAUGUACAACUCAAAAAUAAAAAUAAAAAGGAAAAGACAACACCCAACACUAUUAUUUUUAAAUUAAACUUUGAAGAUUUUCAAUCAACUUUAAAUAUAUUCGAAUGUUUGUGUAGGAUUAUGAAUAAUAAUUAA